AGAGCUGCACUUGAGAAGACACGCGAGAGACUUAUGCAGAAAUCUCUCAAGGUGAUUUCUUUAGAGGAAGAAGAAGUAAGAGUAAGAUUUGCAAAGGAGGGUGAAACUGAUGAGAAAGAUUUAGAGAAUAAUGCGUUGGGAAUGUUGAAUGAGAUUCAAAGAUUGAGCCGUGAAGCUCAAGAGGUGAAGAUAACAGGAGAGAAUGCACAGUCGGAAGUUGUGAAAGCAAUGGCUGAGAUCGAAAGCACAAGAGAUAAGAUUAGAACAGCUAAGAUUAGGUUGGUGGCUGCAAGAAAGAUGAAGGAAGCAGCCAGAGCGGCUGAGGCGGUUGCAAUCGCAGAGAUUGAGGCUGUUACUGGAAGUAUAAACGUUGAAAAGGCUGAGGCUGUGACUAUCUCUGCUGAAGAGUACGCUCUGCUUGCUUGUAGUGCUAGAGAGGCAGAGGAAGAGGCGAGAAAGCGAGUGGAAGAUGCAAUGUCGAGAGUUGAAGAAGCGAAUGUUUCAAAGAUGAAUGUUCUGAAGAAAGUAGACGAAGCGGCUGAAGAGAUUGAAACCAGCAAGAGGGUUUUGGAGGAAGCUGUGGAGAGAGUUGACGCUGCAAAUGCUUCAAAACUCGAUGCAGAAGAGGCGCUGAGAAACUGGCGGUCAGAGAAUGGACAGAGGAGAAGAUUAUCUUCUUCGGUGAACAACACUUCUAAGUUCAAGAGCAAAAGAGAGUCAACCCGUCUGAUGGAUGUAAAUGGUCUGCAUCUGACAUAUGAUGUUGUUCACGGGUCAUCAUCUUCUUCAGUCCCUGUCUUGAAGCCAACAAUGUCAAUAGGGCAAAUACUCAGCAAGAAGCUACUUCUUGCAGAGGAUUCAGAUAUGAAUGUUGCUAAUGAGAGAAGAAAAAUGUCAUUGGGUCAGAUGCUUGCAAAGAAUAGCAAUAGUGAUAAAACUGUAAGCAAGAGGAGUGAAGGGAAAGAAAACGGGAAAAGGUCGACGACUCGAAAGAGAAAGAGUUUCGGGUUUGCUAAGAUCUCUGUGUUGUUGAACAAAGAGAGCAAGAAUAAGAAGAAGAAGAAAAAGAUAGCUUUGAACUUAAGGUGAUAAUUUGAAUCAGUGUUUUGACGUCUUGUUUCUGUUUUGGUACGUGAACCAGUAGUUUAAGGAAACAAAAUGUAUCAUCAAGUGCUUUAUUAUAAUGCUAAUCUAGGCUAAUUAAUCCCCAGUACGACCAUAUUAGCCUUGACAGAGAACGAAACAGAGAAGAUGAAGUAUGGAAUUUUUCAGUCA